ACUUGGAUCGGUAUCGUACGCUUAGUGUGUUUUUAAUUUUCUAAAAUCGUUUCCACGAGUGAAAUAGCAAAAUAAAGCCGCUGGAUAAGUUGAGUGAUUCAUCGAGUACCCAAAAUACCCGCAAUACCAAACGGAACCCUCAAUAAUCGUGAAUAAUACGUGAAGAAUCUAGACAUUUGCCCGUAACGUUUUGAUUUCGUAAUCCAGCGAGACGGUGUGGACGAAAAAUCAUUGUUAUUUCGUAGUUGUAAGUGAGUAAAAAAACAAACAAUCCUGUCGAGUUAGUGUCAGUCAAUCGAUGGAUUAACCCAGCAGACGUGAUGUGCCUGAGCCUGAUGGACUGAGCCUCAGCACCAGUUUAACGUGCUUGGAAUAAGAGAUCAAUAGAUAAACAUUCCAGCGAGGGGCAUCUCCAAUUACGAUUCGAGCACAAACUGGAAAGAAUUUAUUUUAAAAAAAGCAUUGAUCCUUUGAUUUUUAUUUCCAUUUUUGUUUUGUCAAGUCAAUUCUUUCCACCAGUUUCGUUCGUAAUUGAGAGUCCAAAAAAAUCAUCAAGAAACAACGGUACACCGGUGAGUUCCAACACAAAAUAUUGAUUGGUAGCUCAAAGGACACUCAAAGCCAACUAACAAUGUCUGUACAAAGUGUUGCUCUGGCAUCUCUAACGGCCACCUACACCGACUCGGAGGGUGAGGAUGGUGUGGAUGAAGAACAGCAGGAGAAUGCAAAGGCACCCAUCGGGGCUGGUCCUCAUAAUUCCCAAGUCGGUCAGCCCCAGGGUAUCAGCAGUCCCAAAUCUGGUAGAUCAGCAUCAAAUAGCCCCAACGUUGACACCAGUAUUGGGAGCAAGACAGUAUCAAUAUUGUCAAAUCCACCCACCCUAGUUACCGAUGUAACGUCCAAGGUCCAGCGUUUAGUUUCAUAUUUUGAUGACACUGUUGUCUCCGAUGACGAGGGUACAGCGACAGUUAAUAGCGAGUUGGCCAAUGUACAUCACAUGGAAAAUGGCCUUACCUCGAUUAAACUUGAGCCGUCACCCUCGAUACUGGGAGAAUUAGUUUCAGAUGCUGUUGGAGAUAAUGAUGGUGAUAUUGAUGGUGUUAUAAUACCACCGGAACCAACUGGUCAGUGUCCAAUUGAAUUGCAGGAUAAAAUAACUGUACUUUUUAGGAAAAUGGAGAGCGGUGGUUUGGAUAUGAAUAAAUUAAUACAACUGAGAAAAGAUUUUAGAAAUCCAUCGAUUUAUGAAAAACUUAUACAAUUUUGUAGUAUCAAUGAAUUAGGUACUAAUUAUUCACCUGAGAGGUUUGAUCCAUUCAAGUGGGGUAAGGACUCUUACUACGAGGAAUUGGCCAAAGUACAGAAAACGGAGAUGGAUAAGCUCGAGAAGGCGAGAAAGGAGAAGACGAAAAUUGAAAUUGUCUCGGGGACUGCUAAGCGACCGAACAGCUCGACAACAACCGCUGAGGACGAUGCCAAGAAGAGAAAAAGCAAGUGGGAUCAGGUCGCCACUGGUACAACAACAACAGUCAAACCUACAAUGCUGUUGUCACAACCGACUUUAACAACACUAACGUCAUCAGCAUCUGGGCAGAAACCCACUGUUAUAUCGGCGUUUGGUUCGUUACCAAAGAAAAGACUGUAACAUAUAUAUAUAUUAUGUUGUUAUCACUAAGGAUGCAAAUUUCUUGUACAUAUAUACAUACAGAUAUCUAUAUUGUAUAUCCUAUGAUGCCAUUUUUUAAAAUUCAAUGUCUGAAAGUCGAGGAGGACAGGGGAAUUCAAUCACUAUUUAUUUUUUCAAGUCCGUAAUUUGAUAUUAGUAUUUUUCAGAAUUUUCAUUUUUAUUAUUGGGAAAAUUUAUUUAAUUGAUAUUUGUUUUGUGUUGACACAUUCCAGUUUAAGAGCAGGAAGUUUGAAUGUUCUUUGGCCAUUGACUUUCGGGAUAUUGAUCAAUUGCUCAUUCAUCAUUGGUUACUGCAUGAUUCAUUGUCAUUUUAUUUUAUCGAUUGUAGCUGAAUAAUUAAGAUUAACAGGAUGAUUUCAUUAGUUUGUUAAAGAUGAUGAUUUGGGGGGAAAUUUUUAGUUUGAAUGAUGUAAGAGGCAAUAUUUAUUUGAUUUUUGAGUCAUGGAAAAGUCACUGCUGUGGAUCAAUUUGAUUAAAUUUUGAUUAUUGUACUUUUUUCUAAAGUAAAUUGCAGUAAAAGUUGCAAAAUUACAAUCAAUUCUGCGAAUUAAUGAAGGGAGACACAAUUGAUGAACCAAUAUAUUUUUUCAAAAGAUGGUAAUUGCUGUUGCAUCCGAGGUAUACUAUACUGCCGUACUAUAUUGGAUAAUUGUUGAGGCAAAAUAAUUAGUCAUCGGAGAUGAAAACGAUGACGCGAGCAAAAUUUCUAGCUGUCUCAGUGCUAAGACGGUCUUAGACGUACUUUUUCGUGUGAUCAAUGUUCGAGAGCAUAAAUUAACUCUUGUUUUUGAAAAGCAGAUGUACCUCAAUUUUUAAUGGAAAUUAACAACUCCACAAUUUUUCACCUUAUUCUUCGUCAUGAUCUCAUGUUUUAUAGUUAUUUAGUUAAUUUUAUUUAUGCUGGAUAUUGAAUAUUGAUUAAAAUCAUGAUAAUUCUUCAUUUUAAAUGGAAAAAUGACGAUGAGAAACGCAAAGCUAUUUCGAAUGUCAAGUAUGGCGGUUUAAUUGACAACAAUGGAUGCAAUUUUCAGUUGAAAUUUAGUGAAAAUGUUAUUGCGUUUCUCAAAGAAAACCUGAAUUAAUAAUGAAACAUAAUAAAACUCAUCAAAUCAUUAAUCCUAGCGGAAAUGUGCCGUGAGAAAAAAGCAUAAAAAUACUCUUUACUGUGAAUAAUGAAUAGAACAAAAACUCGUGGAGAAGAAAUCAAGAGAUGAAUAUGUAGUUUUUACUGUACAAUGCUAACAUUUGAUCGAAAUGUUAUUGCCUGAGCACGAAAAUGCGCGAAUCUAUUGAAACUAAUGCCGCUAAGACAAAAUUAUCCAAAAAGAACUUAUUUAUUGAAAGUGUACAAUGCGUUAGUGAAGCGGUAUACCUAAUAAAUUCCCAAACAACCAUUUUUACACGAGAUUAAAAGUUAAAAAAUGAAAUAUCGCAGUUGGAAACGCACUGUGUUACAGCAAGGAUGGAACCUGCACAAUUUGGAAAUCGAUUAAAUUGUACGUGUCACUGAUUUCUGUGUACUCAAGUGUGAGAAAAAAACGGAAAAAAAUGAAAACAAACAAAAACAAAAAACAACUCUAAAAAG